GCCUGAGCCUGCCCAGCACAGAUCAGAUACACCGGUAACAGUCAGCGGUGUGGAUUAUGAAGACAAGAAGUGCUUAACACGGCGAAACACAACUAGCUACUUCUCUGGGACUUUUACAUUCUUUGGAAACCGUAUUUGUACAUUUGUUUAUUUUUCUAAGUCGUACUGUAGAUAAGGUUAAGUCUAGACGAAUCGCUGAACAUGUCAGUGGUGGGAUUUGACUUAGGUUUUCAAAGCUGCUAUGUGGCUGUAGCCCGAGCCGGAGGCAUCGAGACAGUCGCUAACGAGUACAGCGACAGAUGUACACCGUCAUUUGUAUCCUUUGGACCAAGAAAUCGAGCUAUAGGUGCCGCUGCGAAGAGCCAGGUGGUGACCAACUGUAAGAACACUGUUCAGGGCUUCAAGCGUUUCCAUGGCAGGGCAUUUUCAGACCCCUACGUCCAGUCCGCCAAGACUCAUUUGGUGUAUGACCUGGCACAGAUGUCCUCUGGAUCCACCGGUAUAAAAGUGAUGUACAUGGAGGAGGAGAAGGUUUUCAGCAUCGAGCAGGUCACUGGAAUGUUGCUGACCAAACUGAAGGAGACUGCUGAAAGUGCACUGAAGAAGCCGGUUGCAGACUGUGUCAUCUCGGUUCCCAGUUAUUUUACUGACGCAGAGAGGAGGUCUGUCAUGGAUGCAGCUCAAAUCGCAGGCCUCAACUGUCUACGACUAAUGAAUGAGACCACUGCAGUGACUCUGGCAUAUGGCAUCUACAAGCAGGACCUGCCAGCUCCAGAGGAGAAGCCGAGGAUAGUCGUGUUUGUGGACCUUGGCCACUCGGGUUACCAGGUGUCAGUUUGUGCCUUCAACAAGGGAAAACUUAAGAUCUUGGCCACAGCUUUUGACUCAGACCUCGGAGGGAAGGACUUUGACGACAUCCUGGUCAACUACUUCUGUGAAGAGUUCGCAAAGAAGUACAAGCUGGAUGUCAGGUCCAAGCCUCGGGCGUUGGUGCGUCUCUACCAAGAGUGUGAGAAGCUCAAGAAGCUGAUGAGCGCCAACUCCUCAGACCUGCCUCUCAACAUAGAGUGCUUCAUGAAUGACAUUGAUGUGACUAGUAAAUUAAACCGGGGUCAGUUUGAGGAGAUGAGUGCUGGGCUGUUGGCCAAAGUAGAGGGUCCCCUGCGCAGCGUCAUGGAACAAGCCAAGUUGAAGAAAGAAGAUGUCUAUGCAGUGGAAAUCGUCGGUGGGGCCUCCAGAAUCCCCUCCAUCAAAGAGCGAAUUGGCAAAUUCUUUGGCAAAGAGCUGAGCACCACUCUGAACGCAGACGAGGCCGUGGCCAGGGGUUGCGCUCUGCAGUGUGCUAUCUUGUCACCAGCGUUCAAAGUCAGGGAGUUCUCCAUUACAGACGUCGUUCCCUACUCCAUCUCCCUAAAGUGGAAUUCGGCAGCGGAGGAGGGUCUGAGUGAUUGUGAGGUUUUCCCAAAGAAUCAUGCAGCUCCUUUCUCCAAAGUGUUGACCUUCUACAGGAGAGAGGCCUUCACCCUUGAAGCUUAUUACAACAACCCCAAAGAGCUGCCCUACCCCACCACCACCAUAGGCCAGUUCCUAAUCCAAAAUGUUACACCACAGCCAUCAGGGGAGAGUGCAAAGGUCAAGGUGAAGGUACGAGUCAACGUCCACGGUGUGUUUAGUGUUUCCAGCGCCUCCCUAGUAGAGGUUGUGAAAGCGACUGAGGGGGAGGAGCCGAUGGAGACGGACCAGUCGGGGAAAGAAGAAGAGAAUAAAAUGCAGGUGGACCAGGAGGAUCAGAAAGUCAACAAUGCAGACGCUGGAGACAAGAAGGUAGAGGCUGAAGAGAUGGAGACGUCUACAGAGGACGCAAAGCAGGAGAAGAAGAGCGACCAGCCCCCUCAGGCCAAGAAGCCCAAAGUGAAGACGAAGACGGUGGAGCUGCCCAUAGAGAACAAUCUGCAGUGGCAGCUGUCCAGCGACGUACUAAAUACGUUUGUGGAGAAUGAGGGUAAGAUGAUCAUGCAGGACAAACUGGAGAAGGAAAGGAAUGACGCAAAGAACAACGUAGAGGAGUACGUGUACGAUAUGAGGGAUAAACUGCACGGCGCCCUGGAGAAGUUUGUCAGUGAAGCUGAUCGAGAUGUGUUCUCAUUAAAACUGGAGGACACAGAGAACUGGCUUUACGAAGAUGGAGAAGACCAACAGAAACAAGUUUACAUCGACAAACUGGCUGAACUUAAGAAACUUGGCCAGCCUAUUUAUAACAGGUACGUGGAAGCUGAGGAGAGGCCGAAAGCUUUUGAGGAGCUCGGCAGGCAGAUGCAGCUGUACAUGAAGAUCAUCGAAGCUUACAAGUCAAAGGAUGAGCAGUACGAUCACCUAGACGAGCUGGAGGUGACCCGGGUAGAAAAGCAGGUGAACGAUGGCAUGAUCUGGAUGAACAGCAAGAUGAACCAGCAAAAUAAUCAGAACCUGACUCUGGAUCCAGUGGUGAAAGUUGCAGAGAUCCAGGCUAAGACUAAGGAGCUGUAUUCGGCCUGUAACCCUGUGGUUUCCAAACCCAAGCCCAAGGUGGAGCCUCCCAAGGAGGAGAAGACAGAGAACGGACCAGUUAACGGGCAGGAGGGAACAGAGAACCAGCCAUGCAACCCAGACAAAACAUCAGCAGGUACAGAACAGGAAACGACGGAGAACAAGCUCCCAGAAAUGGACAUCGACUAACUGUUGCAGCUUCAGUCUCUGCAUUUUCACCUCCGUUCAUCCUGCUACUCGCUCCGAUUCUGUCGUUCUUCUGCGACCGUUACCGAUGACACAGUAGCGUCUGUCUUCGAGACUUGGAAAGCAGUUCCCUAAUCAGUACUAUUCAUCAAUCUGCCUCUUUGGCAUGUUAUUUCUUUUUCUUAUUUUUGUUUUGAGGAAUACAAAAAUGUUGCAUACUAUUGAUAUUGAAUGGACUACUUUACAAGGUAAAAGUUGUGAGCGUUGGAUGGAAAAUGCUUUCUCUGUGUUGCUUUGAUGGUCAUUAUGUUAAAAGAUUGUUUUAUUCAGCAUCUCCUGAACACAUUUAAAAUAAGAAUGUCAGAUUUAAAGAAUUGUAAGAAGCAGUACAGAAGAAAAGUAGUAAUACACACAUGAUUGAUGAAAAUGUAAAACACUGCAGUAUGUCUAAAUGAGGUAGAGACAAAGAAAAUUGUAAAUGAACAUGGAUUGUUCUAAGUUGUACAUGAAAAUAGUGCUUUUUCACUACAAACGAUAUAAUAACUGCUGGAUUCUGAUGUAUUUAGUUUCAAAGAAGGAAUGAGGGGUUUUUUUUGUUUUUUUUUUUUCUUGUACUGUAUGUUAAAACUAGAUACUACGACUUACUGUCAUGCAGUAUUUUGUUCGGCUCUUCUCGUGCAAAAGCAAUGGUUCGUUGGUUGUUCUCUGGUAGCCUUGUAUUUUUUUUUCUACAUAACUCUGUGAAUGCUGGUUCAACAAAAUAACCCUCUGGGUGCUGCAGUUGUCACCACUUCACCAAAAAAAUAAAACAGUAAAAACCCUGA